CAUCAGUGGAUAUUGAAUUGUCGACUGUGUUUACAUUAGGACAAAACCCAUAUACAGAUUGAAUGACGCACAGGCUGGAACAGUAGCCAAAUAAACCAAGCAAACAAGCGAGCUGAACUUUUUAAACGCCUUCAGUCAAGUGCGGAAAAGAAUAGAUCACUGACUGGAUUAACGAAGCCGUGGACGGAUAAGGAACUAAAAGCAAGCGUAGGGCAUACAAGGGUUCCAAAUGGGAUCGCUAACCAACGUAUCGAACCUCUCGAAUCACAAGAGUACUGGUCUACAUAAUGAAGAUCCUUUAGGCCGAGCAGUCGCUCUUGUUGCCAUAGAAACGAUCUUCGCCUUAGCUAUUACUACAGCCUCUCUCCUAGGUAAUGCUCUUGUCAUCUACGUGGUUCGCAAAGAUUCUCGUUUACGAACGAUUACAAAUGUGUUUAUUGAAAGUCUGGCAUGGACGGAUGUGUGUAUGGCCUUCCUUCAUAUGCCAUUCUGGGUUGGUUCUAUCAUCACUGGAAGAUGGGUUGCCGGCCAAACAUUCUGUCCUUGGGCUGCAGCCAUGCAGUUUACCUUCGGGAUUUGUUCCAUUCUUACAAUGGGACUCAUCGCAGUCAAUCGUUUCUUCAAGGUCGUCAAGAGCAAUUCUUAUGCAAAGUAUUUCAAAAGCCGUCGUUCUGCUGUAUUUUAUUGCUUGUUGGUGUGGAUGGCAGCUGCUCUGCUUGCUACACCACCCUUGUACGGGUGGGGAGUCAUGAGAUAUCACGACAAGUUCGCUUUGUGCACUCUAAUCUGGGAUAAACAGCAUUUGUCUUAUGUCCUUACUAUAAUCCUGGGAGUCAUCAAUGGUACAACGGUGGUGAUAUUCUAUUGCUAUUACAAAAUCUACAAGACAGUCAAGUCAAGCUCGACGAAUGUCGCGGCCCAUCUUCAGAAUAAUGCAUCUCAUGCGACAGACAUCAAGCUCUUGAAAUCCACUUUUGCAGUCGUUUGCUUCUUCUUGGCAACAUGGAUGCCUGUUUCUCUUGUUGUUGUCUAUGAAACUGUAGGCGGUAGACCACCAAGGUUUGUCUUUGCAUCCGUGAUAUUUCUGAUGUUCACCAGUAGUUGCGGUAAUCCGAUCAUAUACGGAAUACUCAAUCCUCAGUUCAGACGAGCAUUCUUAUCUGUAUUUAAAUGUCGUUUAUCGUUCGCCACUGAUGAGGGUUCCACAUCCAAUAUCUUUGCGCAAAGUAGAGCAACGGCCCAGACGUCAACAUUACACUGUGAAAAGCCCCCAAAUGCUUUGGCUCCAACUUCAGUGGGUUAAGAGACUGAAGCUGUAAGCGUUCUGAUCCACCUUCGAUUCGAUGAUGGCUUCGAUUCGGUCAAAAAAGAACUUGCCACAUCUAAAGCAUUAUUUUUGAAAUAGUACGAUAAUCAUGUUCGUAUAUAAUAAUUAUCUUAAUAGUGCAUGUAACUGUAAUCAGAAACGAAAUUUUAAAGGUCGGUAACGGACGCGUUACAUGAUUUUUGCUGAAAUCGGAAAGUCGUAAGAAUUUUGAUUAAACAAGCAGCCACACUUAAAGACUUUUUUAGAGGCAGCACAAGACCGAGGGCACCGACUUUAAGACUGUAAAUAACAUUUAUUUUCCCCGUUAUCCCAUGCCCGCGUACACAUGACGUCUGGAUCAUCUGGACCGAUACUGCUGGAGAUAAUACCGCCCACGCAAAUAGCCAAUCAGAACGCAUGAUUUUUAGGAUAAAUAUAAUUAUCAAUCAAAUUACUUUUUCCGUCGUUUUGAUUGGCCGAGAUAACUGCCUACAAAAUAUAUUCUACCUGCUCAUGCGCAUUACCGUGCAAAGCCGUUUGCUGCAAAUAAUAGUGACACUAUAUUUUGCUCCUGCGCAGUAACCUUGCAUUUGUCAUCAUGGCUUGCUUCCCAAUGACUUGGUAUGUUCGAUAGCCAGCAAAAACAGCCAAAGCACACAGAGGAAACUUGAAAAAAAAUAACUCGAAUGAUAAAACAAUUAUUGAAGUAGAUUAUCACAAAAUAUCGAUAAUUUGUUAGUGUCUUGCAAGCAAUUAUUUUACCUCGGCAUCGGCAAUAGUCCAUAACUAUGUCUAUGUUAGCUAUGAACUUCUGGCAUCGGCAAAUAAUUCAAUUCGUUUGCCAAUAACAAAUCACGAUAUUUUGCUGAACCUCGUACAAUAACUGCUUGUUAUUGCACUUACUCAUUGGAUUUCUAGAUCUUCAUCAGUAACAUCUGAACUUUUUAAGUUUUGUUUUUAUGUACACAUAUAUAGCGUUGCUAUAGAGAUUUGACGACCAUCCAUCUUGGCCUGUAUAGCUGCUUCUUGGUUCCACUCAGUAACUACUCUAGUAACUAAAGAAUAUCCAUUUAGUGAUUUUUUUUAUUGUAUCUAUUCCUGACUUUUUACUUUAACUGUAUAUCUUUUUGCAUCUUUUUAUAAAAUUCGCUCCUGAUAUCUAGCGGAGUAGAAAUCAUGUACUACAAGGCAGUUUAAUUUCCAUAAAGCGUACAUGGCAGAUGUUCCCUGUCCCAUCGUGCUGUCAGUACGAUAAUAUGAACUGAUCAGCUGCCCUACUAUUCAGUGAAUUGGCUAUGAUUAUGCUAAAACAAGAAUUUACGUAGGUGUAAAGUAGAAAUAAAAAUAUUGCAAAUUUGCUGGAUGCAAAGUAAA